GGAACAGGAUCAAUUGGAUUGGACAGCUGGACCAGCCGGACCAGCCUCUCUGAAAUUCUCAUUGGUCAACGGAUGCCAAUGUUCUCAACCUCUGGUGAAAUUUGGCAAUUCCUUGCAGUUUCACCAUGCAUAGGCAUACUUGCACACCAUCUUAAAAGCCUGAUGCUCAUGGUACAUGGCACUGAAAUAAAGCAAGAUAAGCCCAAAGACAUCUUUCUAAGGCAUACAUUAUGUACAUACAGUAGAUCUACUAUAAAAAAUGGCACAAACAGUAUACACUAACACGUCCUGUGUGAACACCCCCUUACCGAGGGAAAGAGUUCUAUUGAUUUUCUAUUGAAAAUCUGUUUUAUUGUGCAGAUCAAUCUGAGUCAGAGUUCACGUUUAACACUGGUUUUGGAUUUCACAGAGGAGAUUUAUUCUGAUUGGGUCUUCCUCUCAACACUUCGCAUGUUUUGCAUCCACGAAUAUGAGAGGUGCUGCCUAAACAACAUCUAAACUUUGAGAACUAGUUGUCAUUGCCCUUCUGGUAUGAUGGAUUUUCACCUGUGUGUCAAUGUUCUGCAGAUUCAGUGUGCUAUCAUUGUAUCUAGCCUGAUUGAGGUGGUCAUAGGGCUGACUGGAAUCCCUGGGAUUCUGCUCAACUCAAUUGGUCCCCUGACUGUCACCCCCAACGUGUCCCUUAUCGGAUUGUCUGUCUUCCAGACAGCUGGAGACCAUGCAGGCAGCCACUGGGACUGCCACUCUCUGCUAUGCAUCUUCCUCAUAGUUUUUUUUGCUCAGUAUCUGAGGAACUGGGCUUGUCAUUUCCCAGUCUACACCAGAAAGAAAGGCUUUCACAUCACACGUGUGCACAUCUUCAAGAUGUUUCCGGUACAGGCCAACAUUCAAAUUCGCAGAUGUCAGACUAGCCAGCUCCAUGCCAAUUACUUCAGCUCUGCAUGUAGUUCUUAAGUCAUCAACCAUAAUAAGCCUAAGCGAUAAAUCAACCUCAAGCAGAGGCGCCUAACAGAUUUUUGAUUACACACAAUAUCUUCAUUUAUUAGAAUUGAAUUAAAUGUCCUGAUCUGAACAAAGUUCACUUGCUUUUCACUUCUAAUUGAUUGUCUUGCUCUCAGUAGAUCAUCAUGGCAAUCAGGAUGGUAUGGCUGGUUUGCUAUAUUCUCGCUCUGACCGACGUGCUGCCAGAGGAUUCAAAUCAAUAUGGCUAUAAGACUUGCACUGACUCCCGGGGCGAUAUUAUGAACCAGGCACCAUAGUUUAGUUUCCCUAUCCAUUUAAGGAACUUCCCUGCCACCCUUAACCCACCCAUCAUUUAUAACGACUUGUUUAGCAGCAAAUCUCACUUGUGAUUAAUAUCUAAUCUAAGCUUUCACUUUUUACUGGAAAAUAGGAAGUAGGAGGGUGAUACAGUAUGGGGCAGUCAUGUUUUUGUUGGGAACCAUUUGGGAAGUUUACUGCUCUCUUUGCCUAAUUGCCUGAUCUUUCCUUGGAGGGAUGUUCUGCACCUUGUUUGGAUUCCUAUAUGUUUGCGCAGAUGUUAAGCUUCGUCCACAAGGUGUCAGUCAAGAGCCAAAAAACUGUAGGCCUACCCUUUAGAUUUUACAUAGAAGUGAAUGAAGUCUAUGCAGUCUGUAUACUGUAUUAGAUCUCCGAAAUUAGACUAGAUACUGUAUCAAGAAUUAAAUGUUCAAACAUUUUGUUGUUGACUGGUCCAUAUUUUAGAAGGUCUAUUUAUUUUGUGUAGCUUUAAAGGAAU